AUGACUCGUCGGGGCGGUGUUGGUAGGAGCGGAUACGCGGAGCUGUCCACUCUCACAGGUGCUGACUGCGCGAGCGCUGGAGACUGGGCACGCGCGAUGAGGGCCAUGAAAGCGGCGGCAGUAAUCGUGAUAUGUCUGGCCUGGCGGUCAGUUUGCAGCAGGAUAUCUUCAGGCUGUUUGUCAGUGAUGAGGCCAUGUAUUUCUCCAGACCUCUGCGCAAGUGAGCAGAACCUUCUGAGAAAGAUCUGUGAUUCUGAAGACGGCAGGUGUGAACUGCAGGGCUCUGAGCGCUGUAAUGUGACCAUCCUGACCAUAUUAGGCCACUCGCCUUCGUGGAGAGAGUGCGUGUGUGCUGAUGAGGACUCGUGCAGCGCUCUACAGCUGCUGGCUUCACACUGCCUUUCACAUUUGGUGCCUGGUCCGAACUCGUCGUGUCUUCAGGAGAUGACUCUCUGCGUUCAGGACAAGAUAUGCAACAGGCACCUGGUGCCGUUUGUCCAGUCCUGCUCUGAUCCUCAGUGCGAGGACAGUCGCUGCAGGCUGGCCACGAGGCGCUUCUUCUCAGGUCUGCCUCAGACUGUGGCCGAGACGCUGGUGUUCUGUGAGUGUGAGCGAGACGACCAGGACUGCCAGGACGUCCAAAACACUCUUUAUUCCAGCUCCUGCUCAGGAGGCCAUACACUGCCAUGGAACUGCUUAGAGAUGCUGGACAGCUGCACUGGAGACGAGCUCUGCAGCCUGCGCAUGUGCAGAACAGACUGCCGUACCGGAAAUAAGAAAGCAGUGUUGCCGCAGACGUUCGAAGGGUUCCUGUCCAACUGCUUUGGCCAAGAAGGUGCUCCGUUAAGUGGAUAUUCUACCAGGGACUUGAUACACCUCAUAGAUCUCGACAUUUUCCUCAGUGGAGAUAAAGAAUGCAGGAUGGCCUUCGUGGCUACAAUGGGGUCUAUACUGCAGAGUCCAUGCACCUGCCAUGGACUGCACCGUGAUGAUCUUUACAGAUGCAAUAUACUCCAGCAGGCAAUACAAAACAGAUCCCACUUCAGUAAGUAUUUACGCACAGUCACUAUUUCACCACUCUCCAGGCCUGGCUGGCCACAGCAGCUCUAA